AAUCAGUAGAAGGAUAUGAUUUUAAGACAGUGAGAGGUUUACAAUGCCAUCUCUUACAAUAGAUCAUCAAGUCAUGGAACUUUUCAAGGAUCCCCMAAAAAAUUACAGUGCAUUUGCCAAAGCCAUUGCUCAGGAUGCAGAAAAGGAGAACUUUGAUGCAAUUGACAACCAGCUUAUAUACCUCAACCAAGAGAUGAAUAGAGGCUCYCAAGGCAAUGCUAUGACAGAUGUCAUUGAUGAAAUUGUUGACCAAGGAAUAAUUGAAAUGAUGUGGCAGGUGUUUGUUAAAAUGAUAAGUAAUGAUCARCCAAUUAUAGUCCCACCUUUGACAAAAUCUUUGAUAAUCCUGCUUGAAACUAUAGCAAAUAUUAUAGGUAUCUCAGAUACGGCAAAAUCAAAGUCCAGCAUUUUUUUGCCAUAUUUGAUGAGAAACAUAGUUGGAAUCAGUGAAAAUGAAUGUCGUCUAAGGUUAGAGGCAGCUAAACUGAUCAACAAUUUACUAGCAAAUAUAGACUCAUCGAAURGUGACCAAACCAACGAAAUGAAAAAGCAAAAAAACAUACGUGAAGGCAUUGGUACACUGCUGAGCAACGCAGGCGACUUCGAGCUACAAGCACACCUACUAGAGAUAGUAUUCAGACUCAUACCAAAAUCAGAGAGAGGUUCAUAUACGUCUACAUGGUUUGAUUGUGAAGAACUUCGACAGCUUUUUUCAACUAUCGAAGACAAUUGUUUCGAACCUGGUUGUAGAAGGUUCUUAAACAAAGUGAAUGACAGCACAUCUGAGAAAAAAGUCUACUCAAUUCCAUGCCAAAAAGUGUUUUUUGGAAAACAAAAGGUUUCCAUCGCAAAAGACACUGAUUCGAACAAAUAUUGGAUUGAUUUUAACCUUGGGAGUAGGACUCUAAAGUUUUUUGUGGAAGAGAAAGAUGACAAGGAUGAUGACGAGACUUGGUGGCACACAGUUGUUAUCACUGCAGAUAACGUUUCUUCGUGUAUUUUUUUUGAGYCACACCACAAUAGUCCAACCAUUAAAAUCACGUUAAAAGAUGAUGCWGCAAAACUUAUCCCAUCAUUACCUGAACGUGGUGAACACUCUGUGUUCAUAAGACUUGAUGCAGAUUCUAAAUACAAUCAAACAAUGCUUACUGAUAUAUUCCGUAAAAUGAAAUGGGUAAGCUCAGAGUUCUUGUCUCCCAAGUCAUCCGUUGCUAUAAGCGUAGUGCAUGUUGCAAAUCGUCAGAAAGGCACAAUGAAAAUCCUUCCAUCUAUCACUGCAAAGCCACCACAGGCAUUGAUGGAAGAAGACGAUCAUGACAGUGAUUACCCAUCUUCCAUAACGGGGCAGAGUCCAGAGGUCUCUAGCCAACCAACAAGUCAAUCAUCAAGUCAAAAGCAAGAUUCUCAAGAGCUGAUCAAGAGUGCAAAGCCAGACGAAGAUCAAAGAACACCCAAGGGCAAAGGGCAUUCUAUUGUCACUAAAGAAAAAGAAGAAAACCAAGACAAAUCAAUGGCCUUUGGGAAAGGGAAUGACAAUGAAAGUCGACAAGGUCUUCGUCCUAGAGGAAAACGAUCAAUAUCUCCACAAAGCGUCAGUAAAAAGGGUAACGAUGGUGAUCGCGCUAAUAUCAAAGACACCAAAUCCGCUAGACUAUCAAGUGAAGAAGAAAAAGGUCACAAUUCUAGCGAGGAGAAAAACAAGAAUAAGAAAAUUAUAACUAGAAAGAAAACCAGUGARAGUAAGAGCAGUGAUAUGGAUAGCGGUGCUGAUACUUCUUCAUCAAAAGGUUCAGGACAACGACGGAGUCGAUYGAAAAAAUCAAAGUCACCUCAGCCUARAAAAACAAAAUCUCCUUUACCUGUGGAAAUCGUUAAGGGUGCAAAGCAUUCAAAAUCCUCGACUUCUUCCUCGAAUGACGACGAUAAAGAAUCCAGCAGUCGGCCAAGCAGUGCAAAGAAGUCAGCAUUUGAUAUAGCUAAAGAUAUUCAAAAAGACACCACUAGAAUAUACCCCAAGGCUUUUAACGUUGCAAAGAGAAUGGAAGCAAUGAGAAGCAAUGCCACCAAUAUGAGUCGUUCACAGGAACUUACCAAGAAAGUAUUUGGACAAAAAGGAAGGUCCUUUAAUCAGAAGCAUCCAGAGGCAGAAAAAGAAAGGCUAUCGCAAAGCGCGACUUUACCAUCGAAAUUGUCGUCGCCACCACGAGAAGAUACAGUAAAGACAGGGCUAUCACAGAGUAUGCCAUAUUCAAAAUCAAAAAGUUCUUUAUCCAAGCCUAAAGAAAAGAGCAGCGAUGAAUCACCAGCGAAAAAUGAUUCUGGUUGUGAAGACGAUCAAGUUGAGAUUAUACAGGACUCACUACCUCUAGAUGAUUCUCCAGAAAAGAUCACUAGGCGUAGGUCGGAUAUACCUAGAGUUGGUCACAGAACAGUGCUUGAAGAACGACUCGUUAAGUCCGCACCACCUAWUAAGAGAACAAAAAAGAACACACAAUUCGAGCAGAUUGCUCCACGCCUUGCAGCUAUGCUACGUAAGGGAGGGCGAGACUCGAWAAACUCUUUAUUAAUACCGGAAAACACUGGUUGGGGCUCAUCUACUUCUGCUUCCACAACCACCACAUCGGAAACAGAUUGGCCAGGCCCAAAAGCGGAGCCWGGACCAAAGCCUAGACAUAGCCUARUACCAAAAAUGUCAGUUCGCGAGAAAAGGGGAGCAAGGAGCAGGGCGCAACAGGAAAAAGCAAUAAGGAAGAGGGCGUCUAUCAGUCCUGGACUAAGUGUUAUAUCAGAAGAGCAAACGCCUAAAGAAAGUAAAAAAGAUGAUCGACCAGAAUUAACAGCAGUUGAACAUCCCUCGAGAAAGUCGGAGAAAUCUGCCGAAAAUCCAAAUACUGAUGACACUGUUGAUUAUUCACACAGUCAAGUUCAUGCUCGCUCGAAAAGGCAAAUAAAGGAAGUCAGUAAUGAAAGAAAUAACGAAGUAGAGACAGGACUCAAGAAYCAGGAAGAUAGUGCACCCAUGGAAGACUUCCCACUUGAUUUACCUGAWCUAGAAAUAGACCGCACACAUAAAGAUGCUGGUCUUUCGGGACAAAAGUCAGCUGAAAAUGACAAAAGUGAUACGAUUAUAUUUGUAGACGAGAAGUCACUUCGKCAUGGCACAUCCUCAAAGCAUCGUCACAAAAGAAAAGCAGAAGAUAGUAGCAAUGAUACACAAGACGAUGAUGGAGUAGUUUCGAARGGAGAUACGCGAAAAAAGCAGUACCGAACACGAAAGAAAACCCAAAGUCAAGAGUCCUUAGGUAAAGAUGAAUCUGAUAGUGAUGCUUAUGGUCUUAAUGACAAUAACGAAGUGCCGAAGAAAACAAAAUCCAAUAAAGUUACAACGCAUGGAAAAGACAAAAAUACUAAGAAAGAGUCUUCUGGUGACGAGACUGAUGACCAUUAUAAAAAACACGAAGUGUCGAAGCGAACAAGACCCAAUAAAGUUACAAYGCAUGGAAAAGACAAAAAUCCUAGMARAGAGCCUUCUGAUGAAGAAASUGAUGAUCAUUAUAACAAACACGAAGUGCCAAAGCGAACGAAAACCAAUACUGUUACAUCACAUGUCAAAGACAGAAAUUCCAAGAAAGAGUCCUACAAUGAUGAUGUUGAUGAUCUGUAUGACAGUUAUUUAGCGCCAAAGCAAACCAAAACCAGUAAAGCAAAGUCACAUGGUAGAGAAACAGAUCCAAAACAACACCCUUCUGAUGAAGAGAUGGAAGACCUUUAUGACACGAAAUUCGUAAUGCCUUCGAGAACAAAAACUUCAAAUGUUUGUAAUAGAGGARCAUCUUACAUAAAUCCUAGUAACCAGCAUUCUACAAAGAAAGACAAAUCCAAGCCAGUUAACAAAAAACUCCAAAACGARGAUAGAUUGCUUUAUGACAUUGAAGACGACUUCGACUCUAUUCAAGAUGUCCAAAAAGAAAGUAAACUAAUAAAUACUGACAUGACGAUGCUUGCACCCCCUCGAGCUGACAAGCGCAAAAAAGAAAGAAAAACGAAGGCUACACUUUCAAAUAAGUCGAGAGUUAAUCAAGACGUCAAUGACAGUGAGGAUAGUGAGGCAAUAAAACUUCGUCAGUUUUGCGAGAAUAUAAGCAGUGGUCGUAAAUUCACAUCAACACCUGCUUCAAAGAAAUUCGACCAAUUGAUGGAUGAUUAUGAAAACGAAAAGGACCUUGAGAAAGAUGACUCCGAAAAAGAAUUAUCAAGUUACUCUGACGUCGAAACAGAACCGAGCAAACGCCAAAAGCAUCGCCAUAGUGAUAAAAAGGUGUCUAAAAUGAAUAAACACGAGAUGCCUCGCCURCACCCAUCCAUUACCCAAGUGACUACGAAUGAGAGAUUUGGAAGACUUCAGGCUAGUAAUCCAUCAAAGUGGAAAACACCCGAGCAAASUCGAUUAGAUGAUUCAGGUAUUGGUUCAGCAUCUACAGGAUCGCACACAUCGUUUGUAAAAUCAAAGAAAYCACGUCAAAAGGGUGAACUUUUAGUGACUAAGUCUGUCAGCAAGACACCUAUCACCCCAAGGACAUCUGCUAUAAUGAAGCGAAUUGACGAGGAGCAUAGUAACAUACAAAAUGUUGAAAAGCCAAGGCGAAAGUCUCAAAAGUUCGUCGACUGGACGUCAUCUGGUCCCUCGAAGCAAUAUGAAGACGAUGAAGAAAAUGACGACGAGGAGUACAUUCAAAGGGUACCCAAAAGACUUAAAGAAAAGACAAAGAGUGUUCACAAUCCUCAUAUCAAGCCACGAAAACUUUUUAAAGAUCAACAGCAUGUUACCUUCGAUACUUUUGAUGAGCAAUUUCAAGCAACCGAAGGCUACCGAAGCUCCGAUGACUCAGUUGUAGGUGACAUUACAAAUAUCAUGUCGGAUCUCGAAGGAGUACUGAAUGAUAGGCUACGUCGUAAAAGAAACCAUCUACAAAGAUUCUGUAAGAAGACGUUUGACGUGACCCUUCAAACCGUAUCCAGUCACUUAGAACAAAGUCUUGCAAGCAGGGAUCAGCUUGUUGAUACUUUCAAUGAUCAGUUCUUAAAUGAAAUGGACAAUUUGAAAGAUGAAAUGGAAAAGACUAAGAAAAAUGAACAAGAAAUCAUGGCGCGUAUACAAGAAGACAUGAGAACACUAAAAACAGCGAGAGUGAUACAAGAGAAAAAAGUAAAAAGCCUCCAGAAUAUGUGCACGGAGUUUCAAACUGACCUGAUAAAUGACAGUCGAUCUCAUCACCCUGAUCAACAGGGAGCGUUGCAGGAGAAUAUUCGGCAGGAACUUAUCAGUAUACAACGCGACUUUAUGAGGGAAGCGCAAUCCCAGGAUCGCGACAAUCUCAGACGUUCACUCAGGUCUGUUUUAGAUGUUACCAUGAUGUGACGCAAAUUAUUUGGUACAUUUGUUACUGUUCCAUAGUCAAUGCCAGCAUUCGCUUUGUUUCGUUUUGAGAUGUGCAGCAAAAGCCAUUCUAAACCUGAAAUACUUUUAGGAAUGAUUGAUGUGGUCAAAAUCCAAUAACAAAAGUUAAGUUUUCUCCUUUUGGGGACAAUGCAAUGCUGUUUUUUCCUCGAAGUUUUUUUCUUUUCUGAAAGGCUGUUAUAACAAAACCUCCAUUAUCAAACACAACUUUUCUUUAUGGCUCAACUUGCAGGUACAAUUUGCUCGUCGGUGUAUACUGUACUACUAUAAAGUACUGCACUGGAAAAAAGGAUAUUUUAUCUAUCAGUCAUACAAUUUUUGACUCUAAAAUAUUUAAAGUAUAUGAAGUUCUGGUUCAAAACCAUUUUAUAGUGUAACUAUAUAUUGCUUGACAAAAUCAGUAAAGAAAGCUGAAUUUGGCUGCUUUAGCUUUUGAAUGUUUUCAGCUUUUCAAAUGUAAUAAGCUAACUUUUCAUCUGCUAUAAAAAAGUUCUUGUUAUUUAUUAGAGCGGGUGCAAUUAAUAAAAAAAGAUAUUUAUAUUAAAGAUCUAUUCUAUAGCUUGCCUAACUCGAUCUUGCUGUGAACUGGUCACGCCUUUCACUCGCCUUUAUCCGGCACAUGUAGGCUGAUAUAUAGAGUUCGAGAGGAUGAAUGUGGGAUAGAAAAUGCUACAUUCCGGGUCCUGUCUACAAACCAGCCAAUGCAAAAACAUGGCCAUUUGAAUAUCGUGGAAUAAUUAAACCCAUAGUUUAAUUGAACUUUUUUGACAAAUUUUUAUUUUUAUCCCUUAGAACCAGAAUAUAAAAAAGUGUAAUGUUACAUGGCUAUUGCACGAUAUAGCGAUU